CCAACAUGAGUGGCACUGCCAAGCAGCGUGCCCACCGGGCCCGGGCCGGCUCCACAGACUCAGAUGGGGCCUCGGGCAGUGAAUCGACCUCCGGCUCCCUGUCUGGCACGUCAUCGUCGCUGCUGGGCGGUCUGCUGGACCUGGCAUCCGGGCACCUGUCCGCUCCGCAGCUGAAGCGCUUGGAGGAGCACCGCUACAGCAGUGCCGGGCGCUCGUUGCUGGAGCCUACCAUGCAGCCAUACUGGGAGGGCCUAGUGGCCCGUGUGCCCACCUGGAUCGCACCCAACCUCAUCACCAUCGUGGGCCUUGUCACCAACAUCCUUACCACCCUGGUGCUCGUCUACUACUGCCCCACUGCCACUGAGCAGGCUCCGACGUGGGUGUACUGUGCCUGCGCUGUGGGGCUCUUCAUCUACCAGUCCCUGGACGCCAUCGACGGCAAGCAGGCCCGCCGCACCAACAGCAGCACGCCACUGGGGGAGCUUUUCGACCACGGCUGCGACUCGCUCUCCACCGUGUUUGUGGUACUGGGCACAUGUAUUGCCGUGCAGCUGGGCACACACCCCGGCUGGAUGUUCUUCUGCUGCUUCGCAGGCAUGUUCAUGUUCUACUGUGCCCACUGGCAGACGUACGUCUCCGGCACACUGCGCUUCGGCAUCAUUGAUGUGACUGAAGUUCAGAUCUUCAUCAUAGCCAUGUAUCUGCUGGGGGCCGUGGGAGGAACGCCUUUCUGGCAGCAUCAGCUGCCCGUGCUCCAGAUGCCUGUUAAGAUCAUUCCUGCCAUACUGACAGUGCUGGGGGCCAUCUUUUCCUGCACCAACUACUUCCGGGUCAUUCUAGGGGGCGGUGGCGGCAAGAACGGCUCCACCAUUGCUGGCACCAGUGUGUUGUCUCCAGGCGUCCACAUAGGAACAGUCAUCACCCUAGCCUUCCUCAUAUACCACAAGUCCACCGGGCAACUCUUUCAGACGCACCCCUGCCUCUUCAUCCUCGCCUUUGGCUUCGUGUCAGCCAAGAUCACCAACAAAUUAGUGGUGGCCCACAUGACGAAGAGUGAGAUGCACCUGUAUGACCUGGCCUUCCUGGGGCCCGUCCUGCUGUGCCUCAACCAGUGUGUGAGCAGUGUGCUGGAUCAGUACCUCAUGCUGUGGAUCACCAUCAUCUUGUCAGCUGUGGAUCUGGUGCGGUAUUGUGUCAACGUCUGCAACCAGAUUGCCACCCACCUCAACAUUUGCGUCUUUAGCAUCACGACCAGUCGCAAUGGCAAAGAGAACCACCACUAACCAGCGGAGUCCCACCCCACCCUCUUCCUCUCCCUCUCCCUCUUCCUCUCCCUCUCCCUCGCCAGUCCCCCUUGUCUUCCAAGGAAUGUACGAGCAGCCAAUCAAAGCCCCAGGUGCGACUAGUGCCGGAUUGUAAUUCCUCAGUUACCCAACUCCGCCCACCAGCAAGUAGUAGGGAUUGGCUGCCACUCCUUUACCCUUUUUUCCCCAUUUGGAACAGCUCAGCAUUUGUAGAUGACAGUUGCAGAAGAUCAUGAAAUGCGUUCAAGAGUGUCCAGAAUGAGUCACACCACCUUGUUAUUAUUAACGUAAUUGUGGCGACAGUGGUUGCCACGUCAACUGUAGCUUCAUUCAUAGUUGUCACGACAACCGACGUGCUUGUUGCUAGCCACCCCUGCCCGCCCGCCCGCCCGCCACAGUUGCCGUAAUCCCCACCGCACUAACUGCACUGACUUCUUUUGCCAUAACCACUCUCAUGAAUUUUAACAGAAGACCCCCAUGAUGGCACGCAUGUCAAGCGUUCUCUAGGCAAAAUAAUCCAAAGUUAGGUACUAUUGGUAACGUAGCCAUAGCAGCUGCUGAUGUUAUGUGCUCCUCUUAAGGGAAAAGGUGGCUGCCACACUCCCUUAUGCCUCACAACAAGGAGAGAUCCUCUUUUUGUCCUGCAGAGGGUGGUAAAGAGUCACAACAACGACAACCAGUUGAAUCGGUGGCAAAGCUAGAGGAAGGCUGUGAUCAUCCACUCACACAUAUUUUGAGCAGUGUUUCAUUGUUACAUGUGCUGCUAUUUGAACGGCAAAAAGAGGCCCUUGGACAGAAAUGGGUGGGUUUUCUUUUUUUUGUUGUUGUUGUCAAUCUCUUGUGCUUGUGGUCAAGGGAGAUUUCAUGAGGGACGGUAAGCUUCUGUGGAGCUGCCGAGAAUGCCAAGGAAAGGAAAAGUUAUAUUACUUCACUGUGAAGUCCACUUCAGUUUUACCAUAAGAAUGUCAACGCUUCAUAAUGUUUUGUUUUCCUCCUUUUAAUUCUCAAAUAUCUAUUCUAAACAAAGGAAAGGAAAUCCUAUGGUAUUAAUGUAGGGAUGUAUGUAUGUAAUGUAUGUAGGAUUUUAUACUGUAUGUUGGACAAGGGAAAAUGUUAUUGAAACCUCUAUGUUAGCUCAACUUAACGUACUUAAGCUCAACGUACUUAACCAAAACAAUCAAAUUGCCCCAUGCACAUUCCCUUUUACACUCUCUCCCUAUGCUUUUAAUUGCUUUCAGUUCUACAACCUUCAUAGGCACAGAUUCACAGUCACUGAUGCAUCUCGCAUCACGGCACAUUUUCUUCUCUUUCUCUCUCUCUUUUCUUCUCUCUUCUUUUCUUCUGUCCUCUUUGUACUUGUUACACAUGCGCACAUGAGUAGACACACACUCCGUCUUGCAUUCCAGGCCACACACAAUCUCCUUUAGAUCCUUCCAUUGCUCACACAGCUACAUGCACACACACUUCCAUUCUGCUCAUUCCUUUGCUUACAAUAAUUUUGCACACACACUCAAGUCAUUUCACCCGGUUAAGUGACCAUUCGCGAAACAUUAACACACACACACACACUCACAAACACACACAGACCACUGUUAUGAAACCUGGAGGCAGUAAACUAGUUUCCCUGCUUUGGAAGUUCAACUGAACUGUCAUUGAUUAGUUCCUAAGGCAAGAAAAGAAUUGUUCACGAUGGUGGCUAUUUAAAUUGUGGAUUUAAUGUUGUGCCUUUGACCUGUUGCUCUGUUAUAAGUAGUUUUCCUCUGCGGCUGUGUUGUUUUUUUUUCGUUAGUUUGUUUUUUGCUUUUGUUUAAAUGCAGGUUUAAAGCUGUUGGAUCCUGUGUUAGUAAACUUGAACAAACUCCACACACACAUGCACACGCUCACAUGCACGCGCACACACACGCAUGCACGCACACGCGGACAGACAUGGGCAUACUGGACGUAAAGCACUCCACCAAGGCAAAGUUCCCCUUACUUCUGUUUCCUCUACCUCUAACGUUCCUCACCUUCUAUUUUUUUGUUAUUUCCAGUGUUGUUUUGAGGUUUAUUUAAUAUUUGGUAAACAUUAGGGUCGUGUUGACCGCUUGAGUUAUGUCAACACUUCACAUAACUCCCACCAGCCGCCGUUGUUGAAUGUGAAUACAGUUACAGCUACGUAUAUCUUUGUUACAGUACACUCACUGGGCUUAAUUCAUCUUCACACUCCAUAGUGUCCUAACCUCAUACUUAAAUCUGUUACUACUGGGGAUGGUUGGUGUGACUCAGUCCAUAGCCCUGUUGUGUGACAUCAUGAAGUGGUGUUGGUCGGAAUUCAGGAUGAAACUUUUAGACCAGGGAACAGAUUUUUUUUACGAAUGCAAUAGGGCAUACAAACUUAGCUUGACAUGCCUGACCAUUUGAAUUACUUCGUAAUUCAUUAAUGGUCUGGAUCCUGGAUGCCCAUGAGCUUUUAGGAAGUCGUUCAAAUGGUCUGGCCUAUCAGGCUAAUACAAACUGCCAUUCAUUUAAUUUCCUCAUGUUGGCUGUAUUAUUUGUUAUUCCAUAUUUUGUGCAUCAUACUGUCUUUCUGUUCUUUUAACUACCAUCAUUAUUAUUAUGCUGUGACCCAAAACAAUAGGACUAUGGAUGUAAUGACGCCAGGCUCUAAAGUUUUAAAGUACACUGGGUUUAUUCCACCCCACACUCCUUAGUGUCUUACUUAAAGUGAUACUGUCCCAUUUUU